ACAACGUCUCUUCUUCACCUUCGCGUUCUCUCUCCCAAAAAAAAAAAGGCUCAAUCCUAACCAAAACUAUUCCUAUCAUAGCCCUCUUCUUCGCCAGUCUCAAAUUUUCAGCUCAAAUGCGACUGGGAGUGGGAGAUUCACGAUCCUAUUGAAAGUUUUACUUUUGAAAGCUUUUUAUGCCCUGUGGAACAGUUGCAAUGCGGCUCUGGAUUUAGCCAUCAAAUUGAAGGAUUCAAUAUGGGAAGCUAUUUAUCACCGACUGAACAGAGAACAAGCACGCGGUUUCUUCAAAGCAUUUCAUAACUAUAUUACCUUCCUCCUCUUAAUGCUGGUUGCCUUAAUUGGUUUCCACCCUCAAGGCUUGGGCAUCUCGCCACUUAAAAAGCAUUUUGCUGAUUUCUUGGUUUUCAUCGUGGCCACAAUCGUGUAUGGCAUUGCGUAUAUGGGGAUAAAUCUACAACCUCAAGGGCCUGAGUAUCUUCUCCGAUUCAGGCUUGUCUCUCUGGUUUCUGGAAUCGUUGCUGUUGAGAUACUUAUCUCAAUAAUAAUUUCUCCUCGUUGGCAGUUCAUGGUUACUUUCUUGCCAAUCCUGAUUGUAGGGGUAUUGUGUUCAUACAAGCAAAUAUAUCAGUUUCUCUACCACACAGCUAAUCUAAUUUUCAAUGCAGUACCAAGCUUGCUUAAAAGGAUUUAUCAAUUAGUUUUACAGAUAUUCCAAUCAGGAGCUUUUCAAGCAUUUUCUUCAAGGGAACGAGAAGACAAUGAUAAUCAGGGGCCAGGAAAUGUUUAAAUGGCCUGUUGUGUAAGCGCUACAUAUGAGUGAGCAAAUUUUUCACAUAUGUAAUUUUCUGUUUGUGGAAGCUUUAAUCUAUUUGUAUUUUAUUUAAAGUGAGCUCAACAAUACUAUAUUCAGCAUG